GCCCAAGCGAUUCAGUGCUAGCGCAGACAGCUGAUAGGCAACACGUUUGCGCUAUUUAACCAAAUACAUUUUGACACAUUAAAUAAAUGUGACAAGUGAACUCAAAACAACAACAGAAACGAAACAGCAAAUUGGAACAAGACCUAAUUUGGUGAAAAUUGUUCUAUUCUAUAAAAUUUAGGGAAUGAGUAACAGGGACAUUCUGAAUCUCAGUUAUUGUAUCUGAGACAUAUUGGAUUUUUUCUGCCUCUUUGGACAAACCAAAAGGAGAAGCAGGAAAGCAAACAAGAAGAUCUAAAGUUCUGUCAGAGUGAGGACAUCAAUCUGCAUCUUCACGACUGUCGUCCCAGAGGGGCUAGCUGCUGAUUUCUCCUGCAUACCUCCCUCCUCUCCGAGCACACUCCUGAGAGAUGGCUGCAGCCAAGACAGAGAUGCUGCUCUCUGCUCUGCAGAUCUCUGACCCCCUGAGUUUCCCUCACUCUCCCUUGGAUAACUACCCCAAGCUGGAGGAGAUGAUCAUGCUAAACUCUGCAGGGGCCCCCUUUCUCAAUGCCACGGCACCUGAAGGAGCUGGCUUUGGCUCUGGAGAUCCCGGCGAGCAGUUUGAUCACCUUUCUGGAGACACGCUUACAGAUAUUGCCAUGGAGAAAUCUAUGACAGAUCAAAGCUACUCCACCCAACGGCUGCCCCCCAUCUCUUACACUGGCCGUUUCACCCUCGAACCUGCCACCAACUGCAGCAACAGUCUGUGGGCUGAGCCUCUGUUCAGCCUGGUGAGUGGGUUGGUGGGCAUCAACCAGCCCCCCACCUCCAUAUCAUCUUUGACCUCUCAGGCAACUGUCCCCUCUUCCUCAUCUUCGUCUUCCAUGCCUUCCUCCUCUUCCUCAGCUACAUCAAGCGCCAGCCUGAGCUGCUCUGUCCACAUGAGCGAGCCCAACCCCAUCUACUCGGCAGCUCCUACCUACUCCAGCGCCAGCCAAGACAUCUUCUCUGAACAUGGGCCCAACUUCCCAAACACAGUGGGCAGCGCGCUGCAGUACACCCCUUCAAACUACCACAAUGGCAAGAACUGCAGCACCAGUUUCUCUGUGCCAAUGAUACCAGACUAUCUGUUUUCCCAGCAGCAAUGUGAAAUAAACUUGAUGGCCCCUGACCAGAAGCCCUUCCAGACGCAAGGAGGUCAACAGCCCUCCCUGACACCACUGUCCACCAUCAAGGCCUUUGCGACACAGGCGGUUGGACCUCAGGAUCUGAAAAGCGGCUACCCGGCUCAGCUCAUCAAGCCCAGUCGCAUGCGCAAGUACCCUAACCGGCCAAGCAAAACACCCCCACACGAGCGGCCCUACGCGUGCCCUGUGGAGACCUGCGACCGUCGUUUCUCACGUUCAGAUGAGUUGACACGUCACAUCCGCAUCCACACAGGCCAGAAGCCUUUCCAGUGCCGUAUCUGCAUGCGUAACUUCAGUCGCAGCGAUCACCUGACAACCCAUAUCCGCACACACACGGGCGAGAAGCCCUUUGCCUGUGAGAUCUGUGGCCGCAAGUUCGCCCGCAGUGACGAGCGCAAGCGACACACUAAGAUCCACCUGCGGCAGAAGGACAAGAAAGCAGACAAAGGUGCUACCACUGUACAGUGUUCAGUUGCCAAUGCCUCAAUCUCAGCUUCCUCACCCGUGUCCAGCUACCCCUCUCCCAUCUCCUCCUAUCCAUCCCCAGUCUCCUCCUUCCCAUCCCCUGUAAACUCCUGUUAUUCCUCACCGGUCCACACCUCCUACCCCUCCCCUUCCAUCGCAACCACUUACGCUUCUGUGACCAAUACCUUCCAGACACAGGUGGCCAACUCCUUCUCAUCCUCAGUGGCCAGCAACAUCUAUAGCUCUCCAGUCACCACCCCGCUGCCUGACAUGCAGGCAUCACUUUCCCCACGAACAGCCGACAUCUGCUGAAACUUUUAUCACCUCCUGUCUCCCCUAGCGUAAAAGAACAGAAAUGUCAAUGACUUUUAAGUUCCCUCAGCAAGAAGCACUUUUCUGCCCAUGCUCCCAACAUGGUCCAGUUAAAAAAAAAAGUCAGCAAAGACAUUUGAAAUCAAAAGGAACUUUUGUGUCAUUCUCUCCUUUCAAAUCCUGUCCUUUCAAGCGAGGCAUGUGAGACUUUCGAAUGACAAACAAAAGCAACAGGCUUCAGCAAGUUUUUCCUCAGACUGUGCGUGCACAGAUGUACUUGCGAUGCAGAAUGACAAAAAGACAUUAAUGGUGUAAUCGAAGCCUGAGGGCUUCAGGCUCAGAUGCUUGACCUGACAGGUGUACAGUUACAAAAGACAUUUAAAUAAUAUACAUAAGCUACAGUAUAUCGUACAUGUUCCAUGUUUCAUUUUUGUUUUUACUUUUUAGUACCAUUGUUGUGAAAAUUGAUUUGAAUAUUUGCAUUGUGUUAUUCUGAAUUGAGCAGGGCCAUAUUCUCUAAGAUACAUUCUGUAUUAUGUAGUAAAAAUGCUGUGAUAAGUUCUUGACUUCGUUUGACUAGACGCACUUAAGUAUUCUGAUGCAUGUAGAAGAGUGAUGUUAGUUUCUCUUAUUUUGUAAAUAUCAUCCACUGGUACUUUCAUUCUCUUUCUCAAAUGUGACAACAAAUAUCUGUUAAACAUAAGAGGAAAACAUCAGAAAAGUAUCAACCACAAAUCUUAAUUUUUUUUUGGUGCCUUUUGUGAAGCCUUGCAGACGAUUUGACAGAUAUCAGCGUGUGGAUGCGUUGCAUCUAGCCUUAAGGUGUAAGGGAUUUUUUUUUUUUCUCAUUUCUUUUUUCUAUAUUCAGAAAGCCAUUUCAAGGAAAGAAGGGAAAGGAUAUGAGGGCACUGCAUUUCUUUGGGAUGUCAGCAAAACAAAAGAAAACUAUAAACUAUAUUUUUGUAAUGAAAAUGUACAUAUCUACAUCUUGAGGAGUUGGAAUGCUGUAGUUACCUACUGAGUAGGCAUGGGAUUUUUUUGUAUGUUAUUUACAUGCGGUCCAUUAUUUUGUUGUUAUUUUUAUUUUGUAUUUGUGUUUGUUAAAAAAAAGUGACUGUUUAUGGCUUCUAAACACAUUGAAUGCGCUUAACUGCCAAUGGGAUAUUUGGUGUACAAGAUAUCCUUAAAGAACAGAAAUAUAAAUAAAACAAAUAUAUAAAUAU